GAUGACUUCACUCUGCUUCACACAUUGCUGGACUGAACAGUGUCUACAAUGAGCAUCUUUUGGUUUAUAACUACACUGCUACUGCUGCACUCCUGCACCCCAGGUGUCGGCAUGGAUCAUGCUAUUGUUGGCGGUCAGGUGUCCAUUCCACACAGCCGCCCAUACAUGGUCUACAUUCGUGACACACAAACACAAGCAGCAUGUGGUGGAUUUUUGGUAAGAGAAGAUUUUGUGAUGACGGCUGCCCACUGCAAAAGAAAUCACCUCAGGGUGUAUUUAGGUGUUAAUGACACAAAUGAUUUACCUGAGGGCAUAGAGGUCGAUGCCUUUCCACAUAAAGGUUUUGUGAACAAGCCAGGUGAUGACAUCAUGCUAUUAAAGCUUAAAAGAAACGCAACUUUGAACAAGACUGUGAAUAUCAUUGACCUGCCAAAAGCUAUGGGAGAAGAAAUCUCAAGUAACUGCAUGGCCAUGGGUUGGGGAUGGCAGGAAUACAAUGAGAACUCUCCAUCAAGUGUCCUGAAAGAAGUGAACUUGACUCUUUUAGACUCUGAAAAUUGUGCCACACCUCACACUAUAUGCACUAAGGAAGAAGUGGGGCCAGCACGGGGAGACUCUGGCGGUCCACUAAUUUGUGGAAAUGUCCCACAGGGCAUUGUGUCUUUCUACAUAACGGAUGAGUCUACAACCUACCUUACAAUGUAUACUAAAAUCUCUCACUACCUUCCAUGGAUUCAUAAAAUCAUGAAUGUAAUUGUUUAAUGCAUCAUGAACCAUGGAAGGCAAAGGUGGAGAAACUUAACAUGUUUGAUUUAAGAAGGAUUCUCUUCAUCUGCAAUUUAAUUGAAAUAAAGGCUCAAACCCUUAUCACUUUAUAAGUCUGUAAAAAUUAUUUCUGCAGCACCAAGGGCUCAUUAUA